GUUCUACUCUCUUAUUACGAAUAAGUAUAAUCCGAACCCAAAUAUCCCUUGUUAUUAUCAUAGGCAUAGCCGUGGACAUUUAGGAUAAUGGCAUGUUUAACACAACAAACAGGAUCGGAACAGUUCGAGGAUUGGGAAUUAAUAUCUGAACGAGUAACCCGCCCACACGCCAAAGUUAAAGACUUCGUUGCUGUUGCGAAAAAGUGCAUUUUCACCAUCAUCACCACCACCCUUUUGAUCCCCGGCGAUGGCAAGCCUAUCCUAGACGCGAUACUCGUUGUCGACGGCAGACUAAUAGCUUGGAUUGGUCCAAAGUCCGAUCUGCCUGAUAAAUACAGCGAAUCGCCACAUCGAGCAGUUUCAGUGCCCUAUUUGAUGCCGGGUCUCUGGGAUUGUCACGUUCAUUUCUCCGGGGUACCCGAAGACGCCACCAGCAAUGCUGCCUUCCUCACUACUCACCCUGCCGAGGCUGGAGCACGACUCGCCAAAGGGUGCUGGGACGCGCUCCAGUGGGGCUAUACCUCUGUCCGCGACCUGUCCGGGCUUGGAUGUGAGAUUGCGCGCGCCGUUGAAGACGGCACCAUCGUGGGACCUAACAUCUACAGUUCUGGUGGGGGUUUGAGCCAGACUGGCGGGCAUGGCGAUCUUCAUGACUUACCAGCCGGUGUGGUCUUGAGCAACAUUGGUGUAGCAAACGUUACAUCAGGUCACUUCGGAACAAGCGCACUAAUGGUGGUAGACGGCAAGGAAGAGUGUCGGCGUGCUGUACGUCUCAACAUCCGCCGCGGUGCGCGUUGUAUCAAAGUGAUGGGGUCUGGCGGUGUUGGGUCUCUGAAUGAUGACAUUUUCUGCGCGCAAUUCAGCUCCGAGGAAUUGGAAUGUAUUGUCGAGGAGGCCACACGACAGAACCUUGUUGUAGCCGCCCACGUGCAUGCCAAGCCGGGCAUCAUGGCAGCUGUCCAUGCUGGGGUUACAACAGUAGAGCAUGGUUCGUUUGCAGACCGCGAAGCUAUAGACCUCAUCAGAGAGAAGGGUAUCGUAUAUGUGGCUACCAGAACCAUCAACGAGAUCUUGCUGUCGACCGGUGGCAAAGGGUUGGCGCCGCAAGUUUGGGAGAAGACCAAGUUGGUGGCUACUGCUAACAGGGACGCUUAUUGCCUGGCUAUCAAGACAGGUGUGAAGAUAGCGUUAGGGACAGACAUGUCCCCAGGUUUCAAUGCCGCGAAAGAGUUGGAGUAUGCCGUAGACGCCGGAAUGAGUAAUCUGGAUGCUAUCAAGGCUGCUACUGCGAAUGGGCCACUGACCGUGGGGUCCAAGGCCCCCAAGACAGGACAGCUGAAAGUUGGAUACGAGGCCGACAUUAUCGGGCUUUUUGAAAAUCCAGCCAAGGAUGUUAAAGUAUUACAAGAAGUAGACAGCGUGAAGUGGGUAUGGAAAGCGGGCAAGGUAUUUAAAGGACCAGGUGUCGGUCCUUGGGGAGAAUAGCUCAGCUCGUUCGUGCAUUACGCUGAUGACAGUCAUAUAAUAUCUGGUAGAGCGGUGACUUGACUUUGAAGACCGGUACAAUCGCAAGUUGAUCGGGCAUGGAUUUCUCAAAGAACCGACAGAUUAGUGGUUGAUUUGAUUCACAUCUCGAUAAUGCAGCC